UUGAGUGUGGCAGGGCGCGGUGCUCGGCGGUUAAAUCCAGCGAUUACCUGUCAAAAUAUUCAAAAUGGCGCUUGCGUUUAUUUGGUUUUUGGCGGUAAUAUGCAGUGUACUACAUGAAGGAUUAGCAAUCACCUGCUAUCAGUGCAAUAGCCACAAUGACUCCAGAUGCCUCUUGGACAAACUCCCCGACUCGCUACGGUUACCGUGUGGACCCAAGGACACCAUGUGCAGGAAGAUAUCCCAGGUGGUGGAAUUCGAGAUGAACGGUAUGCCACCAGACAGCAGAGUGAUCAGAGGAUGUGGAUGGGACGAAAGCAGCUACAAGGGUCGUUGCUACCAGAGAUCAGGAUUUGGAGGCAGACAAGAAGUAUGUUCAUGUCUGGAAGAUGGGUGUAACUCAGCGUCGGUCCCUGUUGCCGCUACUGUCUUAAUGCUCAUCACAUUUGCACUACUCAGGUUCUAAAUGUAAAUCCUCAUCAUAAGAUGUUGAAAUGGUUCGCUCACCAACUCCUGGUAGCGCUGCCAUAGUGUUACAAAAAUCACCUGAUCAAAUUCUAGUAGCAUUUUUAACACCCAUAAAACCGAUUACCUCUGAUACAAGUAUAACACCUUCGUCCUCAGAUGUGGCAUGCCUGAAGUGUAUUAUAGACUAUAAAUAAUGUUCUUUGACAUCCACAGCAAUGUUUAUGAUUAUAAUCAGUUAUCGGUUUUCUCCCGGUAGAGCUUUCGCAUACUGUCUCCAUUCAAUAAUUUAAGAAAAAGGAGGAAACAAUGGUACUUUGGGUUGUAAAUCAUUGAGCAAUUGCAAAUUUUAGUCCAAAUAAAGAUUCUCGCGAAUAGAAUUAUAGUUAGUUGUACGUAUAACUUGUUUGGAUGAUAUAAUGUGUUCGUUAAUUUUAUGUGACGUGUAGCGCAUUAGUGACAAUACGUAAAGUAGUUAGUGUCGUGUGUAAAUAGAUAUAAUCACCCGGUUAUUAGUAUUAGGCUGUUGAAAUCUGUACCUGCUAACAUAUCAGUCAUCACUGUGCUCAGAUGACCCAAAUAGUCAGCUGAAACAAGUAUUUUUUGUGAAAUAACAUCAUUUUUUUGUUUUAAUAUAGAAAAUUAUUAUCGUGCCAAAGAUAAAAAAGAUAUUAUAACUUUUGUUGUCUAUAUGACAUGUAUAUGUAUAUUUUGUGUCACUGUAAUGCCAAGAUUUUAUGCUUCUUGUUAU